AUGGCGUGGCAGAGGGUUAACAAGAGACUGUUUCGUAAUGUAUCUUCAAAGUGGGAUUCUUUUCCGUAUGGGGGCAUGCAGGUAGAGGAGGGGGAGGUGGUUUCAUCUUUUUAUUUUUCAGAGAUUCCGGAUAGAAGUUCUGCAGGGGAUUUGUUUAAUCUUUUCAGUUGCGUAGGCGAGACGGUGGAAGUGGUGAUUCCUUCUAAACGCAACAAAUUUGGUAAACGCUUCGGCUUUGUGAGAUUUAAAGGCGUUAAAGAUGAGAAACUUCUGGCUAUAAAACUCGAUAACAUCAUUAUUGAUGGGAAAAAGAUCCAUGUGAACCAACCCAGAUUCGUUAGAGGUAGCAGGGACGGUGGGAGCAGAAAUUUUGGUAACGAGAAUCAAUAUAGGGGCGGAGGAAGGGAGGAGAUUAAGAGGAGGUUUAAUAGAACCGUGGGGAAAUCUUUAUCAUUUGCUGAGAUAGUGCAAGGUAGCAACAAAAGUAAGGAGGACAAGACUGACACAACAAUGCUUUGCUUCAAGACUCCAACUGUGAACUUGGAUAGAUGGAAGAAAACCUAUAUUGGUGAGGUGUUAUAUCCAGGAGAAUCUUACAACAUUCAAACGCAUAUGGAGAUGGAAGGUUUUUUCUCCAUAAAAGUUCAUCCUUUGGGCGCGAACCUGUGUGUGUUGGAGGAGAUGGAAGAAGGAAUAAUCAAGGAACUUUUAGAGGAAGGAAUAUGGUGGUGGAAGCAAUGGUUCAAGAACAUUAGACCAUGGCAAACAAAUGACGUAGAUUCGGAGAGAGUUAUGUGGGUGAGGCUGCAUGGAGUGCCAUGCCAUGCAUGGUGCAGUGAGUUCUUUGAGAAAGUUGCUAACCUUUUGGGCAACUUCAUUUGUGUUGAUGAUAACACUAGUGCUGUCAUAAAUCUGGACAUUGCGAGGAUAAUGAUGAAGGUUCCUUUUAACUUUGUUUUAAAGGAGCAGAUGGUUGUUACAAUCGAUGGAGAAGUAUUUCAUUUGGUGCUCCGUGAAGACACUUUUGGACCAGUUAGGAUUCUGGAGAAGAAACUUGAAGCAUCUAACGGCGAUUCAAAUUCCUCUUCCGAAUACGAUUUGGAAACCAUUGGGGCAAUCUCAGAGAUCGAAGCUAAUGAUUUUCAAGAAGAGAAGGAGCAACAGGAAGGUAACAAAGUCCAGGGGGCUGAUAACGAGAAGGGUACGGAAGGGGUGAAAUGGUCCGGCGAGGCUAAGGUUUCUUCUCACGGCAAAGGGCUAGAUCAGCCGUCGUUCAGUGUGAGCAGAGAAGUUGAUGGGGUUCCUAGGGAAAAUAAUUUUCUUGCACUAGAGUCAGCCACUUUAGAGAUAGGCUCAUCUUUUGAUAAAGCCAUACAUGCUAUUCUUGAGCUAAAAAAGAAGGAAAUGGACAAUCAGAACCUUUUUCAUGAAAGUUCGUCUGCUAAUUCCUUUUCAAGGGCGCAAAUAUCGAGGCGUGGAGGAACUUUUGCGCAGGGUAGUGGGGCCGUGAAAUCUGCAAGCGGUUUUGAUAAUUAUUCAAAACAGAGAGAAACGUGUGGAAAUAAUCAAUCGGGUGACGUGGAAAGUGUUAGACGCUGGCCUUAG